AUGGCCCCCGCACCUCCCCCCCCUCCCAGAGAGGGCCCCCCCGUCGACUCGGGGGGAUGUAAUGAAGAGGUUGCCGCUAAAGCGGACAAACUGGACUCGCCCACAGGGGCAGUUAGGUUGGGCUUCACAAUUGGUGGAGAGGCUAGAGCGAACGUAGUGGAGGCUAUGGAGUGUGGCAAUCUGGCUCAAGAGCCGGCGGGCCCCGUAACUCGUUCUCGCUCGAACCCCUCUGUCACCGUGGUAGAUGCGAUCACGGCGUUCGUCCGUCCGUCGGAAAGCUCGACGGCUGGUCGAAAAAAGAGACGCCUCACAGACGGGACGGACUUUGACUCCGCCGACUCUCACUGCAGCUCGGUGGAAAUAGAGGUUGCUGGCUCCUCAGCAAAAAAAGGAAAGGCCGUAAAAGGGGCUGCAAAAGUGGCUCUCACUAAAAAUAGGCGCAGAGAGUUCCUUAAGGAUCCUGGGAGUGACAGCGAAGGGGACGAGGACUCUGAACCACUCCCCAAUAGGUCGGGACUAAAGACUCCCAGAAAUAAACUGGACCCAGCAGAGAUCCAGAUUCAGGGGGUCCGGGAUGCCCUGGUGGAUAGGGCUAUUGAGGCCCUCGGCGUGGUGAAGAAGUCGGGGAAUCUCAAAGGGACCUGCAAGAAGCAGCUUAAGGAUGCGCUGGACAAGCUCGCAAGCUUGGCUGACUCCCUGAAUGCGGACCUGAUACCCAGGGCAGUGACGCCGCUCCUCAAAAGAAACUCCGAUAUUCAGGCGGAGCUCCAAACCCUGAGAAAGGAGAACGAAGAGUUAAGGGCAAGGAUAGCGUCCGGACCCCCUGCCCCGCCUCUGGUAAGUCUUAGGCCAACUCCGGCCUAUAAUCAGGGUGUUCCAGGAAGAGGCAACGACAGCGACUGGGACGUAUUCCGGUCACAAAUUAUGGAGGAUGUCGGCCGCAUGAUGAAGCGGCAAACGGCCGAACUCAUGCGGCACGUCAAGAGCAUGGUGACUCCUCAAAGGAUUGAUGUGGAUGUGGAGGAGGACGUCCCCAGCUAUGCCUAUCGUCCACCUCUCCAAAAUGGAGAGAGAAUUGAGGCUUAUCGGCAGGAGGGGAACAUCAGACCUGGUGUUCCUCCACAAACCGAAGUGGCAAAUGCUGCAAAGGGCGCGUCCCGCAGGAAGGGUGCCAAAGCCACCCAAUCACAGCCUACUCAGGCAAGAAAGAGUGGCCAAGGGACUGCAUCUCAGCAGUCUUCGCCGGCGGUGGAAUCCUGGGCCACCGUCGUGAAGAAGAAUGGACGCGUCACCAGCGUCCCGGAGGCAAAAGCCGGUCCCUCCGGGGUACAGGGUAAGGGAAAGGGUGGGUCCCAAUCACAGGCUCAGUCCUCCCAAAAAAAGGGGAAAGGGGCUCCGGCUCCGAGUAAGCUGCGUGCCCCCCGCUCUGCGGCGGUGAUUCUUGCGAUCCCCCCCGAGGCUGAAAAAGCUGGCGCAAACUACGCCAGCAUACUCAGGGAGGCAAAGUCAAAAAUAGACCUUGCCUCCAUGGGUAUAGAGGAACUGCGGUUCAAAUCCGCGGCCACGGGGGCUAGGAUCCUUGAGAUCCCUGGAUCCCAGAGCGGGGACAAGGCAGAUGCACUUGCUCAAAAAUUGCGAGAGGUCCUGGGGGAAAACCCAGUUCAGGUCUCCAGGCCUACCAAAACCGCAGAGAUGCGGAUAAUGGGCCUGGAUGACUCGGUCACCACCCAGGACAUCGCGGAGGCGGUAGCAAGGGACGGCGAGUGUGUGCCCGACGAGGUUAAGGCCGGCGAGAUCCGCCUUAACCCGUCGGGACUGGGCACAUGUUGGGUGCGGGCUCCGAUUUUAGUGGUAAAAAAGAUUACAACGGCAGCCCGCAUCAAGGUGGGUUGGGUGUCGGCCCCGGUCGAGCUCCUGAGGCAGAGGCCGCUGAGGUGCUUUAAGUGCCUUCAGACGGGCCAUGUAAGGAUGCGGUGCCCGCACGAGGGGGACCGCAGUGGCCUCUGCUUCAGAUGUAGCAAGUCAGGCCACAAAGCCGCCGGCUGCAAAGCCACUCCCUGCUGUGCCAUCUGCCGGGAGGCAGGCAAGCCGGCGGAACAUUGGCUGGGGAGCAAAAAUUGCUCCCCAGGCAGGCAACAAGCCAGGAAGGGGCCGGCACCCGCACCACCUGCGACCGCCGCCGUCCCGACUUCAAAUAGUUGGGCCGAUCUGGAGGAGGAAAUGGACAUAUAA